CGUCUCUCCCCGCCCCUCUGCCCGAGCACGUCCGGGUCAGUCGGCGCAGUGAGAGGAAGUGCGCGCGCCGCGGCCGUUGCGCGCUUGCGGCUGGCUGCUGGGUGGUGGCGGCCUCGUCACCGGCACAAUGUCGCGGGGCUCUAUCGAGAUUCCCCUGCGGGACACCGAUGAGGUUAUCGAGCUUGACUUUGAUCAAUUACCUGAGGGUGAUGAAGUUAUAAGUAUACUGAAACAGGAACACACGCAACUACACAUAUGGAUCGCCUUAGCGCUGGAAUACUACAAACAAGGGAAAACAGAAGACUUUGUGAAGCUGUUGGAAGCGGCACGAAUAGAUGGAAACUUGGACUACAGAGACCAUGAAAAAGAUCAGAUGACAUGUCUGGAUACUCUGGCAGCAUACUAUGUACAGCAAGCUCGAAAGGAGAAGAACAAAGAUAACAAGAAGGAGCUCAUUACACAAGCUACCUUAUUAUAUACGAUGGCUGACAAAAUCAUCAUGUAUGAUCAGAAUCACUUGUUGGGAAGAGCCUGUUUUUGUCUGCUUGAAGGUGAUAAGAUGGACCAAGCUGAUGCACAAUUCCAUUUUGUGCUUAACCAGUCUCCAAAUAAUAUUCCUGCCCUUCUCGGUAAAGCAUGCAUUUCUUUCAACAAGAAAGAUUAUAGAGGAGCCCUUGCCUACUACAAGAAAGCACUGCGUACCAAUCCAGGUUGCCCAGCUGAGGUUCGAUUAGGUAUGGGCCAUUGCUUCGUAAAACUGAACAAGUUGGAAAAAGCUCGCUUGGCAUUCAGCAGAGCUCUGGAGCUCAAUUCAAAAUGCGUAGGGGCUUUGGUUGGACUGGCUGUUCUGGAACUCAAUAACAAAGAGGCUGAUUCCAUCAAGAAUGGUGUCCAACUUCUCUCUAGGGCUUACACAAUUGAUCCCAGUAAUCCAAUGGUGCUGAACCACUUGGCUAAUCACUUCUUCUUCAAGAAGGAUUACGGUAAAGUACAACAUUUGGCCCUUCAUGCUUUCCAUAAUACCGAAGUUGAAGCAAUGCAGGCGGAGAGUUGUUACCAGCUGGCUAGGUCUUUUCAUGUACAGGAAGAUUAUGAUCAAGCUUUCCAGUAUUACUAUCAGGCCACUCAGUUUGCCUCAUCUUCUUUUGUACUUCCGUUUUUUGGAUUGGGUCAAAUGUACAUUUAUAGAGGGGAUAAGGAGAAUGCGUCACAAUGCUUUGAAAAAGUUUUGAAAGCCUAUCCUAACAAUUAUGAGACUAUGAAAAUCCUUGGAUCUCUUUAUGCGGCCUCAGAAGACCAGGAGAAACGGGAUAUUGCAAAGGGACAUCUAAAGAAAGUCACAGAACAAUAUCCUGAUGAUGUAGAGGCAUGGAUUGAGCUAGCCCAAAUUCUAGAACAGACUGAUAUACAGGGUGCACUGUCAGCUUAUGGUACAGCCACACGCAUUCUGCAAGAGAAAGUGCAGGCUGAUGUCCCACCAGAGAUUUUGAAUAAUGUGGGUGCUCUGCACUUCAGGCUGGGAAACCUAGGAGAAGCAAAGGUAUAAAUAUUUUUGGCAUCGUUGGAUCGUGCAAAAGCAGAAGCUGAACAUGACGAGCAUUAUUACAAUGCUAUCUCUGUAACAACGUCCUAUAACCUUGCCAGACUAUAUGAGGCGAUGUGUGAAUUUCACGAAGCGGAAAAGCUGUAUAAAAACAUUUUAAGAGAACAUCCUAAUUAUGUUGAUUGCUACUUACGCUUGGGAGCUAUGGCUAGGGAUAAAGGAAACUUUUAUGAGGCUUCUGAUUGGUUUAAAGAGGCGCUUCAAAUAAAUCAGGACCAUCCAGAUGCUUGGUCUCUGAUUGGUAAUCUUCAUUUGGCCAAACAAGAGUGGGGUCCAGGACAGAAGAAAUUUGAAAGAAUAUUGAAGCAGCCUUCCACACAAAAUGAUACUUAUUCCAUGCUGGCUCUUGGCAAUGUCUGGUUGCAGACUCUACAUCAACCCACAAGGGACAGAGAAAAGGAGAAGCGUCAUCAAGACCGUGCAUUAGCAAUCUACAAGCAAGUACUCAGAAAUGAUCCAAAGAAUUUGUAUGCUGCUAAUGGCAUAGGAGCUGUCUUGGCGCAUAAAGGAUAUUUCCGUGAAGCUCGUGAUGUUUUUGCACAAGUGAGAGAGGCAACAGCAGAUAUCAGUGAUGUGUGGCUGAAUUUGGCACAUAUCUAUGUAGAACAAAAACAGUACAUCAGUGCUGUGCAGAUGUAUGAGAACUGCCUCAGGAAGUUCUAUAAGCAUCAAAACACUGAAGUAUUGUUAUAUUUGGCCCGGGCACUCUUCAAAUGUGGGAAAUUGCAGGAAUGUAAACAAACUUUAUUGAAGGCCAGACAUGUUGCACCAAGUGAUACAGUCCUUAUGUUUAAUGUGGCUUUAGUGCUACAAAGACUAGCUACCUCUGUCCUGAAAGAUGAAAAAAGCAAUCUAAAAGAGGUGCUUAAUGCUGUGAAAGAACUGGAGCUAGCCCACAGGUACUUCAGUUACUUGAGUAAAGUGGGUGAUAAGAUGAGAUUUGACUUGGCACUUGCUGCUACAGAAGCCAGGCAAUGCUCUGAUUUACUGAGUCAAGCCCAGUAUCACGUGGCUCGAGCACGCAAGCAGGAUGAAGAAGAGAGGGAGCUGCGUGCAAAGCAAGAGCAAGAAAAGGAACUGCUUCGCCAAAAACUACUUAAAGAACAGGAAGAGAAGCGCCUAAGAGAGAAAGAAGAACAGAAGAAACUUCUGGAACAAAGAGCUCAAUACGUGGAGAAGACCAAGAAUAUUCUGAUGUUCACUGGUGAAGUAGAAGGAUCAAAGGAGAAAAAACGUGGUGGUGGUGGAGGCAGGCGUUCCAAAAAAGGAGCGGGGGAAUUUGAUGAGUUUGUCAACGAUGACAGUGAUGAAGAUUUGCCAAUGUCUAGAAAGAAAAAGAAGAGGAAGGGCAGUGGUAGUGAACAAGAUGGGGAAGAAGAAGAGGGAGAGAGAAAGAAGAAAAAGAGGAGGAGACCCCAGAAAGCAGAUGAGGGAAGUGAUGAUGAAGAACAUGAAAAUGGUCCUAGACCUAAAAAACGACGUCCACCCAAAGCAGAGAAAAAGAAGGCUCCCAAACCAGAACGUUUGCCUCCUUCAAUGAAAGGAAAGAUCAAAUCAAAAGCCAUAAUUUCAUCUAGUGAUGAUUCUUCUGAUGAAGAUAAACUUAAAAUUGCUGAUGAUGGACAUGCCAGGAAUAGCAACAGUGAUUCAGAUGAUGAGGAACAGCAGCACAGUAAACGCAUUGUUUCUGAUAGUGAUUCUGAUAACAGAAACAAGUCCGGUAGCGAGGCAGGUAGUCCGAGGAGAUCCAGUGUCCAUGCAUCUGAGGAAGAUUCUGACAGUGAUAGAUCAGCCAGAAAAAGGAGACGGUCAGAUUCAGAGCAGUCUGACAAUGAGUCUGUGCAGUCGGGAAGGAGUCGUUCUGGUGGUUCAGGAAAUGAAUCUCGCCCAGCUUCUCGCAGUGCUGACUCAGACAGAGAUUCUGAGAGAGGAUCUGACAAUGAGGGUUCUGGCAGAGGAUCUGGUAACGAAUCUGAACCAGAAGGAUCUAACAAUGAGGGGUCUGAAGGUGGUUCAGAUGACAGUGAUUAGAUCUAAAUUACAGACAUCUUUUUAAAAUGCUCAUGUAAAUAUAUUUCCGUUCUAGUGAAAAUCCAAUUUUUUAUUUGAAAACUGAUGGGCAAAAAAUGUUUUAAACUGUUGUGGAACCUUCCUGUGAUUCUUUCUAUUAGCAGCUAAUGGAUGUUUCUCUAAGUUGGAUUAUGGUGUAUUAAAUUCAAACUGCUGUGGAUGAGGAACAGAAGCCCUGUACUAAAAUCAGCACACCAAGGAUGGAAUGCAUGUAAAAACUAUGGAAAGUUAAAUCUCAGUUUAGGUUGUUCCAGUGUAGCUGAAAUCGUGUGCUCUGUGUUUAUACAUGCAUAGAUGACUCUUAAAAAUCCUAACAAAUGAAACAAAGAGCUUUGGAUAUUUAUCUCUUUCUCAUUCUGAUUACAGGUCAGUAGGGAGGUUUUUCAUGUUUUCUCUUAAAAAACAUAUUUGAGAACAUAUUUGCCAUGAUGUAACUCCUUAUAUUUCAAAGAGUUUGAUAUUUUUUUUUUGCUUUUGUUUCUGUGGUAAAUCAGGUGAAAAAGAAGCAAAUAUUAAAGGAGUUUUAUAAAGUAAUGAUACAGAUGUAGAUAGAGUAUUUAAAUUGGCAGGUCAAAAAAAUAAACUUUGAGGUAUUUCCAUAUUACCUGACAUAGAUGAAGAUGUCGGUGUCACAAUAAAAUGUUCCUGCUCA